GUUGUGUAGAGCGGUGUGUUGGUGAGAGCAGCAUGGCGGCCGUGUGUUGAUAGUCUGGUGGUCCUGGUCCUCGUGUACACUUCGCUCCCUCUGCCUCUUCUCCUCCUCCUCCCGGUUGUCUUCAAGUGGCGAAACUGAGCGUCUCCGCCACACACACACCUCGCCACCGUCUCUGCCGCAGUAGUGUAGGGUUGUAAGGAGAGUAAUGGCGCAGCAGCUAGCCGGCCUCUUCACCAGAGUGGGGCAGAUUGGCUUCGGUGUGGCUGUCGUCGGCGGCGUCGUCAACUCUGCUCUAUACAAUGGUCAGUGUUGGGGGGGGAUUGACGUCUCUGCCGGGAUUGACGUCUCGGCCGUGAUUGACGGCUCGGCCGGGAUUGACGGCUCGGCCGGGAUUGACGUCUCGGCCGGGAUUGACGGCUCGGCCGGGAUUGACGUCUCGGCCGGGAUUGACGUCUCGGCCGGGAUUGACGUCUCGGCCGGGAUUUACGAGUUACUGAGGUUUUUGGCUUCCCACGUCCCAUCUCAUGUGGUACGGGAAGCCCUUGCAGCUUACAUCCUGUGUGACUUGGAUUAUGCUUGUGUGAUGGACCCGCAUUCCUUCGUAUAUGGAUCUUCGUGUCUGUACUGGGUCCUGGCUCGCUUAGAGACUUACCAGGGGCAAGUUGUCUUUCUUGUUCCUUCGUCGCCAGCUCAGUCUUGGUUUCAGGCGCUGCUUGCUCGGUGUCCGAACCCCGAGAGUCUCAUGCGACUCCACUUCUUUCAACAGAUCAGUUCAGCUAGUGACGAGGCUGUGUCUACGGUACUUGUCCCUGUGAUGACUGGCAGUAAAGAUUUACAGACUGUGAACAUCACUCUCCGAGUGCUGUUCCAUCCAAUGAGUCUUGAACUUCCCAAGAUCUACACUACACUAGGCGUUGAUUAUGAAGAUCGUGUCCUUCCUUCCAUCACAAAUGAAGUUCUGAAAGCUGUUGUGGCUCGAUACGAUGCUGGAGAACUCAUCACACAACGUGAAAAGGUUUCCCGCAACGUCAGUGAACAACUUACAGAACGCUCUGCACAGUUUGGAUUGGUCCUCGAUGAUAUAUCUAUUACUCAUCUGACAUUUGGCAAAGAAUUUACUCAGGCUGUUGAGUUGAAGCAGGUGGCUCAGCAGGAGGCAGAGCGAGCCAAGUUCUUGGUUGAAAAGGCUGAGCAAGAGAAAAAGGCAGCAAUUAUUAGUGCUGAUGGUGAUGCAUCAGCUGCUACGCUGCUAGCCAAGUCAUUUGGUGAAGCUGGAGAGGGCCUUGUGGAACUCAGGCGAAUUGAAGCUGCUGAGGACAUUGCUUACAGGUUGGCGAAGAACCGCAAUGUGGCAUAUCUACCAGGCAACCAGGGCACCCUCUUAUCUCUUCCUCAGUGAGAUUCUUCAAAGACUUGGGAUAUAUCUUUACACAAUCCAGAAGGCAGAGUUGGGAACUAUAUAUAAUGUUUGACUUAAAUAUUCGUCAUAAUAAAAGUAAAAAAAAAAAAAAAAAUCUGCCAAUAAUUAUUGUUCCUGAAGAUCCUUAAGAGUUUAAGGAGUUCAAAUGAUUCAUUAGUUUGAAGCAAACUAUUUCAAGUCAAUAUUUUUCAUUAUAUGCUCCCUUGGUACAACAAUGUUGUAAAAUAAAAUUGUAGUUCAAAAUAUUGUAUCUAAGGUAUUUACAGUCAUCAAAGCUUUCAUUCCACAUUUACCUUAAAAAUAGUGUAAUUAAAUAUACUUGAAUUUUGUUGCACUUGAAUUUUUCAUUCAUAAAGAAAAUUGAGAGAACUAAUAACCAGUGAACAUUGUGUGGAUGUUUGGGAGACAGUCAGCCAGUAGCUGGAACAUGUACUUCCUAUCUCUUAUGUAUAAAGAAAUGUUCAAAUUGUAAUUAUCAUUUUGUAAAGAAAGGUAAAUAACUUUA